UUGUGCAAGUAACCCGCACCAUUAUUAUAAUCAUGACCACGAGGAUAUGCCAUCUUGCGUGUUCUCGUGCGCAUGCGUCGAAGCUCCACACCCAGUUUUUUUUGCAAGCGCUAGCGCAAGCCGUGUUCUUUCUCUACGGGCCUCGCCUCUCUCAAGCAUUCUUGCGGCAAACGUCCUACGAGUACAUUUUAGUAUUUGUGCCCUUUCUGGCAAUUUCAGCCUUCAAUCGUCCCUCCGUCGACCGAACAGCAGGACAGCAAACACAACACAAGAUGAAUCACCUCGUUAUCAUCGUGAUUGCUACUGUAGCAUUCUUCGGUCGUGGCGCUGAUGCUCAGUGUUACAACUGCACUUACACCGUAAUGGGCGAAAUGAUGGUGGGACAAAGAGGUUGCAUGGAGCCCGGUUUCGACAGUACGGGAAUAGAGACUGUACCAUGUGAAAACAAAUGCAAAAUCGCACAUAUGGAAAUGGCUGCUACUGACAUUACACCACAAAUGACUUUGUACUUGCGCGGGUGUCAAAACAAGGCUGUGGAAGGACCUUGUAUUGACUUAGACGGCUUCGAAGUAGUAGCAGGGCAGACACUAACUCAGACGUGCUGCGAGGGGGCGCUGUGCAACGGCAUGGAAGCAGCAGGACAGACAACGCCUCAGACAAGCUGCGAGGGGGCGCUGUGCAACGGCAUGGAAGCAGCAGGACAAACAACGACUCAGACAAGCUGCGAGGGGGCGCUGUGCAACAACGCUGCGCUGAUUCAAUUAAGUAUUGCGCUUAUCCUUGCGCCGCUCUGCGCAUUGGUGUUCUAAACUGUCUAGUGUUCUCUCGCGCGCACCGUAAAUUCUCCCAUUUUUUAACUCGAGCAUUUAACUCAAGUUGUAGGUGUAGUCUUGUACUAGUUUAGACCCACAGCCAAUAUCAUGAAGUCACUAAGCACACACAUUUAAUUACCUCAGGAAUUGUUUACAAAGCAAACCACAAAAACAAUUACAAAAAAGAAAAAAAAAGGCUAUUGCACUGCAAAAUGCAUGGCGAGUUGUACAUUGCUUUGGAACUGUUUCUUAGGGGAUGUUACUUAGCUUAUACAUAACCAUGCUAAGUAGUAAUGUUUCUAUUUAAUGACUUCGUGAAAUUGGGCUCUGAGCCGGUGCGCAUGCGUAUUGUCAUCCAGACAUCUGUCAAUCUUGACCUUUGGCAAGGCCUGGUGAUCUUAGGAUUCAUACUUACCUUAUUUUUUUCGUGUCAAGAUUAGUAGAAAUGUGUUUACACUUUUUUUUUUUUUACUUUCUUAGUUAUUUAAACUGCUGAUUUCUAUGCAUUGUAUUCGUUCAAUGGAUGCAAACAAUGUCAACCAAAUGCACAAUUUAUUCCAGUCAAAAUCACCAAUGGCCGGGUCUGUGGACAAAACAAAUAUCAUCAAAUCAAAACUCUCAGAAUGGAUUUGUAAUAUGUACAAAAUGACGUUAAUUCCUGAGCGAAUAUAAAAUAAAUAUAUUCAAACGAGGAGACAUAGAUUAAUGAAAUCCUGCCAAUUGACCUAUUACCGUUUGCGAGUUAGCCACGCCCUUUAGACAAACCUAUGGAAUCUGUGUAUGUUAAGCUUGUUUGUCUCAGAUUUUGCGCGUUUUGCGUCCAUCUUGUAAUUGGACAAAAUUGCACAAGUUGAUUUGAUGUGAUUUGAUGUGAUAAUAGAAGUAUAGCGUAUAAUACCAUGAAAUAUUCCCCUAUGCAUUUUAAUGGGCCAUGCAUAUUCAUAUAACCUUUGACCUAUACCUCCCAUGGUUACUUGAUUACUGUACAUAUGGAGCGUGGAACAUGACCUACAGAACUUCACCUAAUACAUCACCUAGUCUUGUCAUUAUUCUACAUGUAUUAUCAUAUCACAUGCAUCAAAUAUGUACAUUUCUUUCUCUGCGAUAUGGAUAAUUGGAAACAAUGUGAUUGGGAAUACUGUAUUUUAUUCUUUUUUUUGUAUAAUGUCAGUUUAGGCGCCCCAUAGCGUGGCGUACCUUUCUACCCAAUUCAAUUCAAUUCAAUUCAAUUUAUUAUACUCGUCACGUAAAAAAAACAUGAAAUUGAUUUCCAGUGUCCAUUAUACAUGUACAAUAAGACCACAGAUAUACGAAUGUAAAAUAAAUAGAAUUAGAUGUAAAAAACAAAAGGUACUAUAAGAUAUUAACACAAUGACAAACUAUAUUUACAGAAAAAUUGUUUAUCAAAAAUUACAAAGUUGUCAUCCAUCAAAUAAAAACACCAGAUUGUUAGAACAAGGAACCUAGUAAAAGACACAAUUAAAAAGAGUUCUUUACAAUAAAAACACCGAAGAAUGGAGCGGAUGGGAAGGAUCUUGCAUUAUGUCUUGUAGCUUAGAGAUAAUUGCAGAUUCAAACAUACAAUGUAAAUUCUUAAUGUCCAGGCCAAUUGUUUUGGAGGACAAUUUGGUGACACGUUCCAGUCUGUGUCUGUCCAUCGCUCCUAGGGUACCGUACCAGGCAAUCAUACAGAAGGUGAUGAUAGAAAGUACUGAAGGUGAUGAUAGAAAAGGCUUGAGCUUUUGUUAAUCUGUGUAUAUUCGUGUGGAUUGAGAUAGGAAUAACUGAUGAUAAUUAUUCACAUCUUCGAUGAGUUUGGUUGAUGUUGAGCGUUAUAUGGAACGGGGCAAUGCUUGGAUAAAAUGAUGCAGUGUACUCUAGUAAAAUUACUAUGCCAUGUAUAAUUCCUUGCUCUAUGUUCAGGCCUACAUUUGUCUUGAUACGUCUUAGCCUAAAUCACCGGAGUCUGUCUGGUAUA